AUGGACAACGAAUUUUUCUUGCAGAGUAGAGAUGAUAAAUAUGGGCUGAAUAAGGAGCUGAAGAGACGAACUCAGCAGUUUUGGACACGGAAUGACUUUAUUGAGGAUAGAAAUGUGCAAUCUUCGUUUGGGCAUGGGAGUCUUGGGGGAUUGAAGGAUAAAAGUCAGAUUAAAGAAUUGGCCCAGAAGCACCGACUUGGGCUCUUCUCCUCUUUAUCUAGAAAGGGGAGUACUGCUCUUAAUGUGCAGAAAAAUAUCAUUGAGAGAGAUUUAUAUCGAAAUUCUGUUAGGUCAAGAAUGCUUCAAGGCAACUCUAGAAGGAUAAAAUCUUUAACAAAGUUGCAGAAAUAAAGAAAUCAUUGAAACUGAUGAAAUCAGAGUUUUCUCACCCAUUCUAAAUUUCAAAUAAGACGCCAUUUAAGAAGAUGAGGGAUUCAAUGGAGAAGAAAUCUAGACAAUUGAACUCAAAGGUGGAAAAUUCAAAGAAAUUUAAAGAGCCACUCAAGCUAAAACUAAAACCGAUGAAAUUUAAUUUUAAGAAUGGGUCCAAACACAAAGGCUCACCUUCCUGAAGCAAGGAGAGUAGAUCUUUUAAGAAAAACAAGAAGUUUUUCAGCCCUGAACCAAAGUCUGAAAAGACAACCUUCUUCCUAUCACUUAAAACUCCCCUAGUCCAGAGCAAGAAGAAUUUGAAGAAGAGAAAACUAAGUCCGAUCAAGACUGUCCAGAAGGCAGAUGGGAAGAAAUUAUUAACAUGAGAAAUGAGGCUCGACGAGUUCAAAGCAUCUAGAAUAACCUCUAAAAGUCCUAGUGUUGCUAAUUUAAUAACUACAAGCCCCUUUACAAAAAGUUUAAAUGCGAAAGCUUUGAGGAGGAAGAGCUCGAGCAAAUAUUAUCCUCCCUCCAGCAUCCUCGAAAAGUCUCCAACAAAUUUAGGAACUCUGAAUUACUUUAAUGAGGAAAUUGAGGAGGCAAUCUCCACUGAAGGACUUGAUUCAGAAGAUAGUCAGCAGCCUUUCUUUACAAAAUAUGACACUCUGAUCAACAAAUUUGAUGAAGAUUCCAGAACUAUAAUAUCUAAAAGAGUCAAGGAUAGAGAAAUUAGGUUCAGUAAUCUUUCUCUUGGAGAUGACUUCACUUGAACUUUAGCUGAUCAACUCAAAAAGGAUCACAACAUUCUUAAAAUCUUGAUAAAUAACAAUAGGCUAACUAGUAGAGGAGCUAUGGCGAUCAUGAAUAAGAUAUCGUAUUCGACAAAUUAUCUCAAUUUUUCGGGAAAUCCUGGAAUAAAAGUUGACUCUUAUAAGUUCCUAUCAAAGCAUGUCUUACAAGACUACAGAAAAUAAGAUAGUGCAUCUUGAUUUAGAAGGAAAUAACAUGGGGGAUCAUGCAGUCGAAAUUGUUUGUAGUGCUCUAUCGAUAGACUCAUAUAUCAAGUAUCUUAACCUUAGUAAGAACAAUAUUACUGACAGAGGAGCAGUAGCUCUUGGAGACUUGAUUUACAACAACUGCUCCAUUACUGCUUUAUUCAUCAGCUGGAAUGAAUUCAGAGGUGAAGGAGCAAAAUAUAUCGCAGAGGGACUACAGGAAAAUACUCAUAUCAAAGUAUUGGAUAUGAGCUUUAACUCAAUUGGAUCAAAGCAUUUCCAGAAAUAUAACUGUAUCAAAGAUUUUGCUAAAGCCUUUAAGGUCAACACAGCUCUUGUUCAUAUUGAUCUUUCUUAUUUAGGAUUAAUUAAAGAGGACCUCGAGAGACUAAAUCUCGGAUUAAAAUGCAACCACACUAUUCUUGGAAUCCAUAUUACUGGAAACGAGGGAGGAGUAGACUCAUUAGGAUAUCUUUGAACAAAUGUAGAUCCUCCUAGUUCUUCUCAACUAAUAUCUACCAUUAGCCCGAUUCUUAAGGCUGGGAAAGUUGAUGCAAAGGAUCUUGACCUUCAAAGUUGAACCAAUUGUUGGAUCUGAGAAGGAUGGAGUCCUAUUACAUUUAGAUUCGUGCAUGAAAAGUCAAGUUAUUCCCAUCUCAAAAUUAAAGAAAAAUCAACAGUUCUCCUCCACCUCAGUGUGGAUAACUUUGAGCCUGACAUAAUGUACCCAGACAAGAAUAACCCAGGAGAGUAUUACAAAAUUCGAAUGGUACCUGCUUUGAACAUGUAUUUCUACUUCAGUGUGAAUGAGCUUCCCCAAAUACGGACAGAUAUGGAAAGCAUAGCCUCGGAUAUACAAAAAGUUCCCACACUAAAAGAAAUUGAAAAGAGAAAUGCCACAAUGCCUUGGAAAAUCAACACCAUGUUAUGUGGACCUCAGAACCAAAUAGUGAUAGAUUAUGAUCUACUUGAGAGCCUCAAUUGCCUUCCUCGCCCUAAGAAAUUUAAAGCCAAGAAGAAGAGAAAGCCCAAAAUUAAACCACAGUUCGAGAUUUCAAAAUCUAUAUUCAAAAAGUACCAAAAUGAAGGCCCAAAAUUAAUGGAAAGAUGAUUUGAAUUCGACUGGAAAUGCUCUAAAAUCGAAAAGGUCAUCAAGAGUGAAGACCAGAGAGAGCCCAUUAAAUAAAUACCUUAAAGAGAACUACAGACUCAUCCGUGAAGCAUAUAAAUACUUCGCAGGGAUCUCUCCCUGUGGGAUAGUUCCUGGAAUUGGACAAAAUGCAUUCAAUGAGAUUGUGAAUGCUACGCAUAUCUGAAAUAAUAAGAGACUCAAGCUUGCUGAUAUAGAUUUUGAGUUCAUUGUUACCAAAGCUGGUAACAAGAAGGCACUUAACCCGGAAAGGUGGCUGAUAAGGUACCAAUUCAUGGAAAUCUUUGUAAGAUUAGCCUUACAUAUGUAUUACAAGCCUAAGAUAGAGAAGACCCACUCAGAAUCUGUUAUAAAGUUUAUGGACCAACAUAUAAUGCCCUUCUUUACCAAAUUUGACUGUCAAAAAUGGAGAGUAGAGCAUCUUUGGAACACAGAAUGAGAAGAGGUCCUAGCAAAAUAAUGCUGGGAUUCUUCAAAGAGUUUACAACAGAUAUUCAGGAAUGUACACUCUCCCUGGGAGAGUAAAAUUCAUGUGCAUCGAUGAAUUCAUCACACUUAUUAAUGAUUCUGAAGUUCUUACGAACGAAGUUUCUGUUGGAAAUGCUGAACUUGGAGCCCAAUUUAACCUUUCUAUGAGCACCCAGAUAGAUGAAGUUGAGAAAGAUCGUCACUGACAGAUGAUGUUCUUCGAGUUUAUGGAAGCUGUUGCCAGAGUUGCUUACAAAAUCACAAAUUUCCCUAAAGUUGAUAAGAAUAUUCUCUUUAAAACAGAAGAAAUUAAAGAAGAUUCUACUAUGUUAAUGCGUAACAGAGGAAGUUCAGUGGAUACUUCUGAUUCAGAGUUUAGUAACAAAGACUCUGAAGUAAAAGAAGAGGAUCCAAUUGACAAGUACUACUACUCUCCUGUAAAGCCUCUGCAUGUAAAGAUCCAAAUCUUGAUCAGAUACCUCCAGAUUUGAGCUUUGGAGCAGACAAACAUUACUGAACUGGUUGUCAACAAUGACAACAGCUAAAAUUAAAAUUUCAAUUUUGAGCAAAGAAGCU